AUGAUAGGAGUUGAAGAGGAUUCGAAAGAGUCAUGUGAUGCUCUGUUCCGCACCAUUCAAUGGAUCCGAACGCUGUUCAAUGUCUUCGCGGAGGAGCAGACUUGCCCAAGUGUGGACAGUCAGACAUUGGAUGAAUUAUGGACCAAAAAGUUUUUGCUGUUGUUUGAAUGUCACAAAGAGCUCAAUAAAAAAGUGAAGGCGUUAGGUCAGUGGUCUGUUCCUGAUCGAACCCCUUUGUCUCGGGUUACUGUCGUAGCAGCUGGAGGUGAAAAACAAGCCACCGAAGAAAGCUCCGAAACGUAA